AUGCUUAUUCUUGUCGCCAUCCAAGCACUAUUCCUUCUCUCGCCGCCGCCGGCGGCGACUGCCACCGCCACCUCCUCCGGCCACGCCAUCCCAUUCCCCCCCUACGAACACCUCAACGUCAAAGAAUCCAUCUCCGCCGCCACCAACCUCCGCCCCGCCGCCGCCUCCGGCGAGCACCCAGAGAGCAAAACGACGGAGACGCCCAUCCUCCCCAACUCCACAGUCAAGCUCCAGUUGGUCCACCGGGACCGCCUUUCCUUCUGGUGGCACAACAACCACCGCCGCCGCCUCGAAGCCCGCAUGAAAAGGGACCAAAAAAGGGUCGCCGGAUUGAUCCGCCGCCUCUCCGGCGACGGUCCCGGCGCCACCUACUCGGUUUCGGAUUUUGGAUCGGACGUCGUCUCUGGCAUGGACCUCGGCAGCGGUGAGUAUUUUGUUCGGAUCGGUGUCGGCAGCCCGGCCCGAAGCCAGUACAUGGUCAUUGACUCCGGGAGCGACAUCGUGUGGGUCCAAUGCCAGCCGUGCAACCAGUGCUACCACCAAUCCGACCCGGUUUUCGACCCGGCCGAGUCCGCAUCCUUCUCGGGCGUCUCGUGCGGAUCCUCCGUUUGCAGCCGGGUCGAGAACUCGGGCUGCCACGCUGGUCGAUGCCGGUACGAGGUCUCGUACGGUGACGGCUCAUACACUAAAGGGACCCUCGCCCUCGAGACCCUUACUGUCGGCCACACAACCAUUCAAAACGUUGCUAUCGGGUGCGGUCACACUAAUCACGGCAUGUUCGUUGGGGCCGCGGGCCUGUUGGGCCUCGGCGGUGGGCCCAUGUCCCUCGUGGGUCAGCUCGGCGACCAGGCGGGCCAGGCCUUCAUCUAUUGCCUCGUGAGCCGGGGCGGCAACCCCGACUCGCGAGGAUCGCUUGAGUUCGGGCGAUCCGUGCUGCCCGCGGGGGCCGCGUGGGUCCCGCUGCUCCGCAAUCCCCGAGCCCCGAGCUUCUACUACGUCGGGCUCUCAGGGCUCGGGGUCGGCGGGGCUCGGGUGCCCGUGCCCGAGGAAGCCUUCCAGCUGACCGAGCCGGGUUACGGAGGGGUUGUGAUGGACACUGGCACGGCGGUGACGAGGCUCCCGGCCGCCGCCUACAUGGCGUUCCGGGACGCGUUCGUGGCCGAGACCGCGAACCUACCGCGGGCUCCAGGGGUUUCCAUAUUCGACACGUGCUACGACCUGAACGGAUUCGUGACGGUCAGAGUGCCGACAAUCUCAUUUUUCCUAUCGGGAGGGCCGAUACUGACGCUCCCGGCACGGAACUUUCUUAUUCCAGUAGACGAGAGGGGGACGUUUUGCUUCGCGUUCGCCUCGUCGCCUUCGGAUCUUUCCAUAAUCGGAAACAUUCAACAAGAAGGCAUCCAAAUCUCCUUUGAUGCAUCCAAUGGGUACGUCGGGUUCGGGCCGAACCUCUGCUGA